CUUGCCUGGGACGUAGUCCUAAUUGAUGACGACUGCACCCCUGUGCCCCUUACUAUGUGGGGAGAGUUCGUGGAUCGUCACGGUGUUGAAAUCGAGAAACGUCUCACCAAAGGCGACCGUCCUCUUGUGUUAAUUAACAGGGUCGCUAUAAACCUCUUUCAAGGCCUGUCAUUAUCAACUCGCCAUGAUAGCCACAUGGAACUUGAUCCCUCUGGGGAGCGCGCACUCCUGUUAAAGAAAUGGGUUUCAAUAAACACGGCGAAAAUCGACAGCCUUUUGACUGCAAAAAAACAUGAAGAUGCACUUGCUACCAUCGCCCGCCCUGGCUCACAGCCACGCCUUCAAGUUUCGGCUGUAGAAACUGGUCUGAACCAGGUUCCUGUGGUGUGGGUGUAUGGAACAUUCAGCUUGAGUGAUACCCCUGGAGACGGUUUCUACGUGGGUUGUGAUUACUGUAAUCGCAAAGUGUACGGAUCGGACGGCAUACCGUUUGAAUGCCUAUUCUGUGGACAGAAGGAAGGAAC